AGGGAGACGGGGCUUCUGGGGAUCUCCUGUUUUGGGCCGCUGCAGUCUUCACGGUGGAUAAUCCUGCGGAAGUGCACUGCUGGGAUGAAUCGGACGACCGCGGACCAGGAACGAGCGCCGGCUUCCGAUCCUGUGUGGGAGCGGCCCUGGUCAGUGGAGGAGAUCCGCAGGAGCAGCCAGAGCUGGUCGCUGGCAGCAGACGCAGGCCUACUACAGUUUCUACAGGAAUUUUCACAGCAGACUAUCUCUAGGACCCAUGAAAUCAAGAAACAAGUAGAUGGACUAAUUCGGGAAACUAAAGCCACAGAUUGUCGCCUACAUAAUGUCUUCAAUGACUUCCUCAUGCUGUCCAAUACCCAGUUCAUUGAGAAUCGUGUAUAUGAUGAAGAAGUGGAGGAGCCAGUUCUCAAGGCUGAGGCAGAAAAAGCGGAACAGGAGAAGACCCGGGAACAGAAAGAAGUAGAUCUGAUUCCUAAAGUUCAGGAGGCUGUGAACUAUGGCUUACGAGUAUUGGACAGUGCAUUCGAACAACUAGAUAUAAAAGCAGGAAACUCAGACUCUGAGGAAGAUGAUGCUAAUGAACGGGUAGAAUUGAUCCUUGAACCAAAGGAUCUAUACAUUGAUCGUCCUUUACCUUAUUUAAUUGGGUCAAAGCUGUUCAUGGAACAAGAAGAUGUAGGCCUUGGAGAGCUAUCCAGUGAAGAAGGUUCAGUAGGCAGUGAUCGUGGUAGCGUUGUGGACAGUGAAGAAGAGAAUGAAGAGGAGGAGUCAGAUGAAGAUUUUGCCAGUCAUAGUGACAGUGGUCAGAACCAGCACACUGAGCAAAUGAGUGAUGAAGAAGAGGAUGAUGAUGGUUGUGACAUUUUCGCUGACUCUGAGAAGGAGGAGGAAGAUAUUGAGGACAUUGAAGAAAAUACUAGACCUAGAAAACCCACAACCUUUGCUGAUGAGCUGGCUGCUCGGAUCAAAGGGGAUGCCACAAGGCAGAUGGGAGAGGAACACAGAGGUCUAUCUCCUGGAGCAAAACCUCAGAAGACAUUGAAAGAGAAGAAGGAAGGGAAAACUCCCUCAGAUGAUGAAGAGGAUAACUUGUUCACACCCCCCAAACUGACCGAUGAAGACUUCUCGCCAUUUGGUUCUAGACAUGGUCUCUUCAGUGGAGGGAAGGGACUUUUUGAUGAUGAGGAUGAGGAGAGCGACCUCUUCACGGAAGCCCCUCAGAAUCAGGCGGCUCGAGCACCUGUUAGUGAAGUGUCUGCAUCCUCCAAACCUGGAAAGAAAAUCCCAGCAGGAGCAGUUUCUGUAUUUUUAGGGGACACUGAUGUGUUUGGUGCAACCUCUGUUCCAUCACUUACGGAUCCUCAGAAGCCCAAGCCGCCCAUGCCAGAGAAAAGCUUGGACUUCCCAGCACCCACUGGCCUCUUUGAUGAUGAUGAUGGUGAUGAUGACUUUUUUUCAGCAUCCUGUAGCAAAUCCUCCAAGACAGACAAAGUCAAAUCCCCUGCCAAUAUCUUUGAUGAUGAAGAAGAUCUGUUCAAAGAAAACGCAGUAGCUUUGCCAGAAGCUACUGUGAAUCAGACAGAUGAAUAUACAUCAAGAGCAGAAAAAAAGGUCACCCUGUCUUCCAGCAAAAGUCUUAAUCUCUUGUCAGAAAGAAAGACUCAAAAAGGUUUAUUUUCAGAUGAGGAGGAUACUGAGGAUCUAUUUUCCUCUCAGAAUGUGAAUAAGUCAAAAGAUGCAUCUUUCCUGCCUAGCAAACUCCCCACGUCAGUCUUGCUUUUUGAUGAUGAAGAGGAAGAGGAGAAUCUUUUUGGGGCUGCAGCUGCUGAAAAGCAGACAUUAUCUCUACCAACUCAGAAUCAAGAGAAAGCAAAACCCUCAGAGCCCUCCAAAAAGAAAGCAUCUGCCUUAUUGUUCAGCAGUGAUGAGGAGGACCAGUGGAAUUUUACUGAUUCACAGACCAACUCAGCAUCUAACAACAGGUCUAAAGGAGAACUUAGGGACUCUGGGACCACUCAGGACCAGGAGACUAUGAAAAAGACCAGCCUCUUUGAGGAAGAUGAUGAAGAUGAUCUGUUUGUUAUUGCUAAGGACAGUCACAAGAAGACCCAGAGAGCAUCACUCCUCUUUGAAGAUGAUGCUGAUUGUGGAAACUCUCUGUUUGGCUCUCCUCCCACAUCUGUUCUUCACACGACAAUGAAAAAAGAGACUGUCCUUGAGGUACCACCUUUGCUGUUCAGUAAUGAAGAGGAGGAGGUAAAAUUUGGAGUGAAACCUGUGGACAAGAAGCUUGAGAGUACCAAAGGAUUGUCAGAAUUUGGGAGCACUCAUGUGGUUGAGGAGUCAGAAAAGGAAGGGCCUUUGACUGUAUCUGCUCAGAAAGUAGGCAAGCAUUCCGAUGUAUUUUCUUCAUUACCUGGAUUGGACAAAGCCAAAAGUAGAACCAAAACUGCUCUUAGUUUAUUUGAUGAAGAAGAGGAGAAAACAGAAGAUCACUGCAGCAUUCAGCCUCUAAAGAAAGAAGUAGGGAAGAGUCCUGUUCCUGAUGCCUGCCUCAAGAGCACAGGUGUCUUUCAGGAUGAAGAACUCCUUUUUAGUCACAAGCUUCAGAAGGACAAUGACCCAGAUGUUGAUCUUUUCUCCAGUACCAAAAAUACCAGGUUGUUAGAGCCAAGUGUUGGGAGCCUUUUUGGGGAUGAUGAAGAUGAUGACCUUUUCAAUUCUGCCAAAUCCCAGCCUCUGGUAGCAGAAAAGAAGAGGGUAGUGAAACAAGACCACUCUGUUUACUCUUUCAAGAACCAGAAACAGCCUGAACCCACUCAAGGUAUCAAAGGAAAAAACAUAUGGAAACCGGAAACCCCUCAGGACUCAACAGGUCCCGUUCCAUUUAAAACCAAAGAGCCAGCCCCUCGGAUUUGGAAAAUACAAGCAAAUUUAGCGAUUAACCCUGCAGCCUUGCUGCCUGCAGCAGCUCCUCAGAUCUCUGGGAAGAAUCCUGUUCUGUCAGAAUUGGGUUUCCCUUCAUCUGAACCUGGGAGAAUCCGGAGUCUGGAAAGUAUACGCACUCUUCCUGGGAGUGGGGAAGCCGGCGUGAGUUUUGAUCUUCCAGCCCAGGCUGACACUUUACACAGUGCAAACAAGAGCCGGGUCAAAGUAAGAGGGAAGCGUAGGCCACAGACUCGUGCAGCUCGGCGGUUGGCUGCCCAGGAGUCCAGUGAGGCUGAGGACGUGAGUGUUCCCAGAGGAUCCAUUGCGCAAUUGGCAGAUGGCACCAUUUCACCAGAUGGGUGUCAGCCACAGCCCAGGGCAGCUGGUGGAAAAGAGAGCUCUGAGGAAGCCCUGUCUGCUACCACUUUGACUUGGACAGGUGGUCUGGUUCAUGGAGUGGACAGAAACUCUUCGGGGAAAUCUCUGGGUCAGCCUCUUGGGGAUGACCUUUUUCAUUCUGAAAAUAUCUUUUCCAAAGACACUGACUCUCAGCCCAUGGGGAAAAGAAAAGCCAAGGCAAAGGCUACAGAGAACCCAGCCAACCCACCAGGGGGAAGUAAAGAAAAGAGCCCUGCGUUUCCUGCUCUAGGUGAGGCAGGUAGUGAUGAUGAUCUCUUUCAGUCUGUUAAACCAAAACCAGCAAAGAAAACAAAUCCCUUCUCUUUCCUGGAAGGUGAGGAUUAUCUCUUUCCAGAUCAGAAAGGCAAGAGGAAUGAAUCAAAAUUCAGUGAUCAGCAAGCUGUCAUCUCAGAAGCACAAGGUAUUUUUGAGGACGAUAUAUUUGCUACAGAAGCAAUUAAACCCUCACAAAAAACAAGAGAGAAGGGAAGAACAUUUGAACCCAACUUAUUUGAUGAUAACAUUGAUAUCUUUGCUGACCUAACUGUAAAACCAAAAGAAAAAUCCAAGAAGAAAGUGGAAGCUAAGUCUAUAUUUGAUGAUGAUAUGGAUGAUAUCUUCUCUUCUGGUAUCCAGGCUAAGACAACCAAACCAAAAAAUCGAUCUUCACAGGCAGAACCCAAACCAAGAUCUGAACAGAAGGUGGUCAACAUAUUUGAUGAUCCUUUGAAUGCCUUUGGAGGCCCGUAGAGCAUACAGGGUAUCACAUAUCACUCUUCAGCUAUGUCCUUGAGUUAAUACUGCUGUCUUACAUGUUCAUUUUCUUAACUGAAUUAUAAAAAGCAAAUACUGAAACAGCAUACUCACCUCUUACCAAAUACACUUAGUAUUUUUCUGCACUGGUUUUAAUCAUGCUUAAUACAGCAAAACAAGAAAUAAA